AUGUUCCCUGCCCCUCAACAACCCCAACAACCCCGCAUCGUCCCUCGCGACCAUCGACAGAACUUUGACGCCAUGCAUCGGUAUCCUUGUCUCAAGGAGAACUUUCCGGUCACUGUGAAGACGACCCCCCGCUGCCCAGAGCUCAUCCAGAAUGGUAUCGUGAUGGAGGACGUGUUGUACCGGCGCCGCAACAAGGCCCCCUAUCCGUCCAAGUCAGCCGCCGACCCUCCAAUCCGCACGCCGUGCGCCAUGGAAAUGUUCAUGGUCAAGGACAUCCUUGGUAAAGGGGCUUUCGGAGUGGUGUAUCUCGCCGAGGACCGCGUCCGUGGCUCGCGACACGCCAUCAAGACCAUCAGCAAGCAAUGCUCGCCUGUAGAGCACGAGCUCGUCCUGAAUGAGCAGCGGCUCAUGCGUGAGCUAGGCGAUAAUCCCUGGUUCGUCAACCUCGACGCUAGUUGGCACGACAUCAAGUGCUACUACCUCGCCAUGCCGUUCGUCUCUGGUGGUGAUCUCGACGGAGAAGUCCAACGGUGUGGACGCUUGGAGCCUGCUCGAGCUCUCUUCUACACCGCUGAACUAGUUAUCGCGCUGCAGACCCUUCACGGCCUCGGAAUCAUGCACCGGGACAUCAAGCUCGCGAACAUCCUCCUCAAAGGCGACGGCCACAUCGUCCUCAGCGAUUUCGGCCUGUCCAAACGCUUCGCGAAACCCUCAGUUAUCGGGGGCGCCGUUCUGCCUUGGUCGUGGAUGUCACGCCCCAAGACCCCGGAAGAGCGGGAGAUGUACUACGCGCAUGAAGGCUGCGGCACGCCCCAGACGAUGGCCCCAGAGAUCAUCCAGGGCAAGCCGUACACGUUUGAGGUCGAUUACUGGGCGCUCGCUGUGGUCAUGCACCUUAUGCUCAUUGGUCGGGCACCUUUUGAAGGAAGAAGAGCCGAUCUCAUUCGGCAGAUCCUAUACGGACCUCUCGUGUUCCGGGACAACGACGUGAUCUCUCCUUCUGCGAAAGGGCUUCUCCGCCGGAUGCUUGAAAAGGAUCCCGAUGACAGACUUCUGCGGACCUCCAUCAAGAAGCACGCUUACUUCGCUGCAGUUGACUGGGAUAGACUUGAACGGAGGGAGGUCGCUCCUCCUUAUGUUCCUCAACCAUAUGUUCCUUCUUCUCGUGCCGCUCCAACUGGAUAUGCCCCUGGAAUCCCGUUCGCCCCUCACGAGGACCCUGCGCCUGGUUUCAAUUUUAUGUCUGCUACGGUUCGCUCUGCUAUAGCUCUUUUUACUCGCUCUCGCUCCCGUGUUGCCUCGACACCUGUUCCCGCUCCUCCUGCUCCUCCUGCUCCUCGUCAACGGGUUUCAUCAGCGCCUACACCUGCUCAUCCUCAGUCCCGGUCCCGGUCUCAUUCCCGUUCGCGCCCUCAUCAGCCUCACCCUGCACCCCCUCUUUCUCGUUCCCGUGGCGCUUCGACGUCUACCCGUCCCCCUGCUGGUACUCGCUCCCGUUCUCGUUCUCGUUCCCGUCACCCUGUGCCUCCUGUGCCCCCUGUGCCUCCUCUUCCUCCUCUUCCUCCUGUGCCUCCUGUGCCUCCUCUUCCUCGCUCUUGCCGCACCACCGGUCCUUCGCCCGCAGCGUCCGCCUUGCCCACCCCGCCCGCCUCGCGGAAUGUCAAUGCCAAGGUGGCCGGACGCGGCACCGCGACCGAAGCCGGCGCCCGCUCGUACGGUCCCAAGGUUACCGCGUUUCUCUCGCGCUGGGUCAGGCCGUCGCGCGCUGCAGGCCAGGCGGGCGUGGGGGGCGCUGGUGCGGGGAAGGCGUCCGUUCCGAUUUGGCAUGCGUGGCAUUCUGCGACGUCGGCUGGCUCGUCGCACUCGGGAUCCGCCUCGGGAGCGCCGCGUUCUGAUGAUCCUGCUGGAAACGCUGCGCCUUCACCUACUUCGAGCGGGUUUAUGUGCCGGAUCCGCCUCUGGACGCGCAAGAUCUGGUCCGCGACGGGGUCGACUUCUGCUUGA